AUGAUGUUUUUCAAGUCCUUAGCCAUUGUUUCGCUAGCCCUUUUGGCUAAGCAGGUAUCCGCGGCUUUUGGAAUUACCACCAACACUGCUUCCUAUAUAAUCGAUGCUGGCUCUUCAAACCCCCUUAAAUUUACUGUCAGCCGGACCAAUUGUGACAUUACUUCGAUCAAUUACCAUGGAUCCGAGCUUCAAUACAAGUCGACUGCAUCUCAUAUUGGAUCUGGUCUUGGUAGCGCAACUGUGACUGCGACUCAGAGUGGCGACUACAUCAAGGUGACCUGUGCAACGUCUACCUUGACACAUUACUAUGUUGUGCACAAAGGAGAUUCGACCAUCCACAUGGCAACAUACACAACCGCAGAGCCGAGUGUUGGAGAACUUCGAUACAUCGCGCGCCUGAACUCAGAUCUGCUCCCGAAUGAAGAGCCUUUCGGCGUUGUGUCCAAUAUUGGAGGUGGUAGUGUUGUUGAGGGAGAGGAUGUGUUCUUGGUUGAUGGACAAACACGAAGCAAGUUCUACUCUAGCGAGCGGUUCAUCGAUGACAAAAUCCACUGUGUUUCUGGAAGCGCUCAUCGCGUGUGCAUGAUUCUAAAUCAAUAUGAGACAUCCGCUGGCGGGCCUUUCCAUCGCGAUAUUAACACCAACAAUGUCGGCUCUUACACUGGCCUAUACUGGUACAUGAACUCCGGACACGUUCAGACCGAGACCUACCGCCAGGGCCUGCACGGUCCGUACUCGAUGACUUUCAGCCGGACCGGUACCCCCAGUUCCAACCUUGACACAUCUUUCUUUGGCGACCUCGAUAUCAAAGGAUACGUUCCCACGUCCGCAAGAGGCUAUGUUAAGGGUACUGCAUCUGGAGCUGACUCCGCUUUCAAAUGGGUGGUUCACUGGUAUAACUCUGCUGCACAGUACUGGACCUACACUUCAUCUUCCGGUGCUUUUACCUCCCCUGCGAUGAAGCCUGGCACCUACACCAUGGUGUACUACCAGGGCGAGUAUGCCGUUGCCAGCUCCUCCGUGACUGUUACUGCCGGAUCAACCAUAUCGAAGAGUAUCUCUGGGUCUGUAAAGACAGGAAGAACAGUCUUCAAGAUUGGAGAUUGGGAUGGGACACCAAACGGUUUCCUCAACGCCGCCAACCAGCUGCGCAUGCACCCCUCCGACUCCCGAAUGUCCUCCUGGUCUCCGACUACCUACACAGUCGGCACCUCCAAGGUCUCUUCGUUCCCCAUGGCUCUCUUCAAAUCCGUGAAUUCACCUUUGACAAUCAAAUUCACGGCAUCUUCCUCGCAGACUGGAGCUGCAACGCUGAGAAUUGGCACAACUCUUUCCUUUGCAUCUGGCCGACCCCAGGUUGUGGUCAAUAGCUAUUCCGCCUCCAUCCCGGCCGCCCCGACUAAUCUUAACUCCCGUGGUGUGACACGCGGGGCGUAUAGAGGGUUUGGCGAGGUUUACGACAUUUCCAUUCCGGCGGGGACUAUCGUCGCUGGAACCAACACUAUCACUAUCAGUGUUGCUUCUGGUAGCUCGGGAGACAAGUACCUGAGUCCCAACUUCAUCUUUGAUUGCGUGGAGCUCUUCCAAUGA